AUGCUUGAAAAUGCAAAGCUUCCACUUAUCCUUGCUUUGCUGGCCGUGUCCUGCAUCAUCUAUCCUACAUCUUCCCAAUUACCGCCGUUACCCACUGGUGAAAAUGAGUUCCAAGAGGAGCCCGGAGAGGUAGAGACUUCAGCUCCUGAGCACGUACCUCUCAAAGAGGCGAUACAUCCGGGGCAAGCAAGCGUUUCGGUCAUUCCGUCAACUCACAGGGUGGUAGCACUACCUCCUGCCAACGUGCCCCCAGAGGGAGUCAUGUUUGAAAACAAGGCCCCCAGUAAUAUUCAAACUUUCCAAGUCCCUGGUGUCGGAUUGCCUAUAGAGGAAAGUCAGCAGGUGCCCUUUAUAUUUAUCAACAAUGUGGCGUCCGAGACCCCUAAAGCAGCAUCGCUUCCUGGAGUUGCAGAAGCCGUCCCAACAUCUGCCCCCAGUAAUUGA